AUGCCUGAAAUAAAGCUUCAACACAUUGUGUCGUGUAGCAGUGAGGACAAAAACAAUCCUGCUUUAAAUCUGCUAAAACCUGAUGGAGCUCAUAAAUGGAGAAGUGCCAGUUCUGGUGAAAAAUCAGUUUCAGCUGUCAUACAGUUUGAGAAGUCAUCUCAGAUACAAUGUAUAGAUAUUGGUAAUGAAGGUUCAGGGUUUAUAGAAAUAUUGGUGGGGAAAUCUACAGCAGUUUCAGAUCAAGAUUAUCAGGUAAUUCUAGUAGCCUCAACAUUUAUGACGCCAAUAGAGAGUAGGAAUGGUACUAACAGAAAUGCUGUUAGAAUGUUUGGUCCUGAAAAACUCUCCAAGGCUGUUUCAGGACAGAACUGGGAUAGGGUGAAGAUUGUCUGUACGCAGCCUUUUAAUAAAAAUACACCUUAUGGUAUUUCAUUUAUAAGAUUUCAUUCCCCCUCAGAUGGAACUGAAGAACCAGCAAAGACAGUCAAGAAGUUGGGUGCCUUCACUAUAAGACCAUCUGAAGAUGAUGAUAUCAGAGCAGGUUCAAUAUUCGCUGAUCGUUCUAAAACAGAUACAAGUACACCACUUAAAGGUCCAGCAGCAAUCAGGGCAGCCUCCAAACUUGUAGAAGAUACCAAAUCACCAUCUAGUUUGGAAAGAAAACCUGCAGCACCAUCACCGGCUCCACCAAAAACACCAGCUUCAUCAUCUAAACCAUCAUCAUCACAAUCUACUUCCAAACCAAAAGCCUCUACAACAGUAAGUAAUUCAUGGAAGACUGAAAGUAAACCACCAUUACGUAAACAAUCAACGAGUUUAAGUUCCACCACAAGUACUUAUUCUAAUAAAAGUACCGACAGUAAAGUUCCACCCCUUAAAAGGGUUAAAUCUGAACCAGCUAAAGCCUCGCUGAGUAAAGAAUUUAGUCGACUGAUGGAGAAGGUGGUAUUUGUUAUGAGUGGCUAUCAGAAUCCCUACCGGGGAGAAAUCAGAGACAAGGCGUUAGAAAUGGGAGCCACAUAUAAACCUGAUUGGGGUAGAAAAUGUACUCAUUUGAUAUGUGCGUUCACCAAUACACCUAAAUACAAUCAAGUUAAAGGAAAAGGUAAAAUUGUGGAUAAAAACUGGAUAACAGAUUGUUAUAAACAGAAAAAAUUACUUAAUUGGAGAAAAUAUAGAGUAGGAAAUGCUGAUUCACCUGAUGAAAGUUCUGAAGAAGAAGAAGAGGAGAGAAAAACACUAGUCAAAAAAAACACUGCCUCUUCAGCGAAAGUAGAAGGGGAGAAGAAAACUGCAGCAGUGAAACAAGAAGAUGAUGAAUAUGGUGGUUCUACUGAUGAAGAUUCACCAAUCAAACAGCCUGUUACAAAAACCAUUAAAACAGAAGAGCCAAUGAAAACCAAUGAUACAGAAUAUGAUAGUUCUGAUUCAGGGUUGCCAGAGUUACCAGAUUUUUUCACGGAUAAAGUAUUUUUUCUGUAUGGUGAUUUCAGUGAGACAGAACGUCGUCUGAUGACCAGAUAUAUUACAGCUUAUAACGGGGAGCUCUCUGAGUAUAUGAAUGAACAUGUUACUUAUAUAUUAACAAAUUCUAAAUGGGACGACAACUUUGAUGAUGCGUUAUCAGAGAAUGAAAAACUGAUCUUUGUCAAACCAAAAUGGAUUCAUCUUUGUCACGAGAAGUCAAAAUGUGUACCACAUCAACCACAUGUUGUGGUUCCUAAUUAA